AUGCAAGCAGAGAUUAAGAGAGAAUACAAUCUAGAAGUUAGUGAAGAACAAUGUUCAAAGGCAAAGACAAGAGUGAGGCGAGAAGCAAAGGCUGGUCAUCAAGACCAUUUCUCACGGUUAUGGGAUUAUCAGGCAGAGAUUAUGCGAUCAAAUCCAGGAUCAAUUUUUGAGAUUGAGACUAUUCCUGGUCCAACAGUUGGGAGCUUACAAAGGUUCUAUCGGUUGUUUAUUUGUUUUCAAUCACAAAGGUCUUCUUGGAAGCGGACAUGUCGACCCAUCAUUGGAGUAGAUGGUGCAUUUCUGAAAUGGGACAUCAAGGGACAUCUCUUGGCUGCUGUUGGAAGAGAUGGAGACAAUAGGAUAGUUCCACUUGCUUGGUCUGUGGUUGAGAUAGAGAAUGAUGACAAUUGGGACUGGUUUAUGAAGUUACUCUCUACUUCAUUGGGGCUUGAGGAUGGCAGACAACUAGCUAUCAUUUCUGACAAACAAUCGGGUCUUGUUAAAGCCAUCAAGAACAAGAGAGACAGUCAUGAUUUAGAACUGCAACGGUUGUUCUGGAAGAUUGCUCGGAGCUACACAACAGGACAGUAUCGUAAACAUAUGGAGGCAUUGCAGAAGUAUAACCCCGGUGCAUUUAAUUCCCUUCUACGCACCAAUCUGAUUACAUGGUCUAGAGCCUUCUUCAGGGUAGGUACGCAUUGCAAUGACAAUUUAAACAACCUCAGUGAGUCUUUUAAUAGAACCAUACGCCAAGCUAGGAGGAAACCUUUACUAGAAAUGCUUGAGGAUAUUAGGAGGCAAUGUAUGGUUCGAAAUGAGAAGAGGUAUAUCAUUGCUGGAAGGUUGCAGACACGAUUCACAAAGCGAGCUCAUUUGGAGAUAGAGAAUAUGAUAGCAGGGAGUCAAUUUUGCAUCAGAAGCAUGGCUAGGCACAAUCAACAUGAGGUCCAAUUGCAUGAUGAUACUUAUUCUGUGGACAUGAAUGCGCUUACAUGUGGAUGCAUUAAGUGGCAGAUGACUGGUAUUCCUUGUGUCCAUGUUGCUUCUGUGAUCAUAGCUAGGAGACAGAAAGUUGAGGAUUAUGUUGUAGACUGGUACACAACAAGAAUGUGGCGUGAAACCUACAAAGACGGUAUUCAUCCUGUCCAGGGUCAGAGCGAAUGGCCUAGAAUGAAUAGAAUAGGAGUCUUUCCACCACCAUAUAGAAAAGGAAAUCCCGGUAGACUAAACAACCAUGCAAGGCGAAAAGGAAGGUAUGAAUCAGCCUCUUAA